CGGUGGUAGGAACGUCGGCGUCCCAAUACUCAUCAUAUUCUCUCUAUGAAUUCUAUAGUUUACUCCGAUUGUAAAAAUUAACAGAGAAACCAUGGAUUUUAGUCUCCUCACAGACGCCUUGGCGUCCAACUCGUACGAAAAGAUCGCUGAUAUCUGCGACAACCUCUUGCUUCAGGCAGCGGCAGAGGGCGUUGCUUAUCAGGAUCAAUGGCCCUACGCCAUUCAUCUUUUGGGCCACAUUUACGCUGAUGAUAUAAACAGUGCGCGGUUUCUCUGGAAAUCAAUACCUUCUACAAGUAAGGAGAGCCAACCUGAAUUGGUUGCGGCCUGGAAAAUUGGUCAGAAGCUAUGGACACGGGACUACGGGGCUGUGCAUGAGGCUAUUCAUGGGUUUGAUUGGAGUCAAGAAAUUCAAGGUCUUGUUGCUGCAUUCUCAGAGCUUUACACAAAGAGGAUGUUCCAGCUGCUGCUUUCUGCAUAUUCUACAAUAAGCAUCCAAGACACUGCUCUCUUUCUGGGAAUGAAUGAGGAUGAUGCCACUAAUUAUGUUCUACGGCUAGGUUGGGUUGUGGACCCCGCUUCCCGAAUGCUUACGGUGAAGAAGCAGACUAUUGUGACGGAGCAGAAACUAGAUGCCACUAAAUUGCAGCGAUUGACAGAAUAUGUCUUCCACCUUGAGCAUUGAUCCACUUUUCAGCAACUUCUCAGUUCUUAAGAUUUCUUUCUGGUUCCAUUGCAUACUUGAAACUGGUUUGCCCAUUGGGGUCAAAUAAAAAAAAAAAAAAAAAAUGGUUCCGCGUGUUAUUAUUA